GCAAAACCCGACCCUCUCUUUCCCGCCUUUUUUAACGGCUAUAUGUUUGAAAAGCAUUGAGGCCGCGUCGCCUCAGCGCUUCGUGUAUGGAGCUUACUCUCGCUCCUUUCCGCCCCUUUUUCUUCUUAAAUUGUGGGAGAAAGGAGGGGGAAACCCAGUCACGAUGAGCAGCUCCUCUUUCAGCAACCUGAGCUUCCCCUCCUUGGGCUUCACCCCUCGAGGCGACCCCAUUUCAGUGCGGGGCUAUCCGCCCGAUGAAGGCUACCAGCCCGAUGAAGGCUACCAGCCCGAUACCUCCGGCUUCCACAUCAUCCGCAGGAACCGGCCCAUCACUGUGCUGCUGGUUUUUCUCAGCUGCGCCGUGGCAGCUCUGCUACGAACUGUUUUGAGAGAAACAAAAGUUCCUAUUCUUGUGAUUAUAUUUUUCAUGGGACUCACGAUUGGAAUAGUAGGCCAUUUUUCAUACCAGAUACCCUUUGUGAAGAACAUUGCAGAGAUAGACCCUGUACUUUUUCUUCAUUUGUUUACACCAAUAAUAAUAUUUACAGCUGCAUUUGAGAUGGAUUUUUAUAUAUUUCGAAAAUCAUUUUGGCAGGUGUUAGUUCUUGCAGUUCCUGGAUUUCUAAUGAACUGUGCUUUCCUUGGAUGGUUAACUUAUAAAAUUAAUAAGUACAACUGGUCCUGGGAUGACAGCAUGUUGUUUGGAAUAAUUCUUAGUACAACAGACCCUGUCCUCUCUGUGGCUUCUGUCAGAAACAUUGGCCUUUCAAAAAUAGUUAUUAACUUAAUUAAAGGCGAGUCUUUGUUUAAUGAUGCUACCACAAUGAUUAUAUUUGAGUUAUACAAGGAACUUAUAAGUGAUAGCCAUCACGAAAUACUCAAAGAGAUUUUUAUAAAAUUGAUUUUGAAAUUUUUUGCAAGUGCUAUAUUUGGAUUUCUGAGUUCAAAAUUAGUUAUUUAUUGGCUGGCACAUAUUUUCAAUGAUGGAAUAAUUGAAGUAGUUCUGAGCUUCUCCAUGGCAUACGUAAUUUUCUUCUUGGCUGAAUGGUUUGGAAUGUCUGGAGUUAUUGCUCUUUGUAUGUUGGGUCUUCUUUUAGAUUCUGUAAGCUUUAGUCCAGGAAUGGCUAUGUUUCUUUAUAAAUUCUGGUCAAUGCUGACAUUUUUGGCUCAUAUUAUGAUCUACCUUAUAAUGGGAAUUGUGAUUGCUCAAAAAACAUUUCCAUAUAUCAAUCCUCGUGCCUUUUUUUAUAUUAUAACAGUCUACCUUUCACUGAAUCUUGUACGAGCUUUAGUUAUUUUGACUUUGAGCCCUUUUUUGAGUCGUCUUGGCUAUGGAUUUAAUUGGCGUUGGGGUGCUGUUGUCAUCUGGAGUGGAAUGAGGGGUACUUUCACUUUGAACAUGGCUCUGGAAAUUGGCCAAGCACGAAGUGCAACUUCAACUGAGCUUCAGAUUAAGACCAUGAUAUUACUUCAUUCUGGAACAGCAUCUUUAUUAACCUUGAUAAUUAAUGCUACAACGGUGAGAAAACUUGUUAUGACAUUAGGCCUUUGUAAUAUUACUCUUCCAAAGCGCAUGGCCAUGUAUAAUGCUGUUCAGCGUAUCAGACAAAUGGAGGCCAAUGCCUUUUCAAUGUUGAAGCUUGACAGAUUUUUGGCUGAUGCAAAUUGGACAAUGGCUGAAGAGGCAAUUACGAUUGAUUCCCCUUAUAAACUACAGUCAGAAGAAAUGCAGCAAUUGACAAAAUCACUGAAAUGUCCAGAAUGUGCAGCUGAUAUUACAUUUGAAAGAAGCCCCCAACAAAUUGCAGACAUAAUGGAAGAAGCUAGAUUGCGCCUGUUAACUGCACAAAUAGCCAGUUAUCAGAAGCAGUACAACAACGGGAUGCUGAACCAAGAUGCUGCCCAAACAUUAAUAGGUGCUGCUGAAAGCUAUGUUGAUAUUGAAGGAAAGUUUAUGAAUAUUCAUGAAGUAAAGACAUAUUGGGAAAGCAAAGGACCGCUGGUGACAAUGAAGAAAUGGCUGUCUGACUGGGUUUACAAUGUGAAAGAGGAAACAACAAAGCCACCAAAAAACAAGUUUCUAAGGUUAUGUCACCAAAUAGUGUUUAUGGAGGAAUUUGAAUAUAUAAGUACCAUGAUAACUUAUUUGAACAGUGUUCCUAUUGUUCUUACCUUAAUAAGAAGUGUGAAUGCAGCAUAUCUUCCACAACUAAAAGCGUGCAACUAUUACUUUCUGUGUCUGUACAUAAUAGAAGCCAUCUUGAAGGCUUUUGCAAUGGGGAGGACCUACAUCUAUUACCAUUGGAAUCAGUUUGAUCUUAUAAUAAUAGUUCUGGGAAUUAUAGAUGUCAUGAUUAUUAAUCUCUUUAAAAAUAUGACACCAUCAUACCCUAUGAUUAACACAAUCAGGAUGUUUCGGUUUGGUCGUCUUGUAAGAGUUUUCCGGCUCUUGAAGCUUGUGAUACCCAAACUGAUUUUCGUAUUGGAUAAACAAAUAAACAAGCAGCUCACUUUCCGAUAUGAUAUUGCCAAAGGAUAUGUUCAAGGUGAAGAAGAUAUUAAAUGUUUAAUUGAACAGAUUGCUGGUCAUGAGAAGGUUUACACAGAAAUAACUAAAAUAUUGGAAAGAAACAAACAAGAGGCUAUGAAGGAGUUAGGGUUAAUGCAGCGUGAUUAUCCAGAGAUAGUUACUGCUGUGAAAACCAAACAAGCAGUUCAAACAGUGCUGAACACAGCUUCAGAAACCCUUAGGUUUAUGAGAUCAGGAGGUAUUGUUGAUAAAAAUGAAGGUGAUGAUCUACAAAAGAUGAUCCUAGUAAAAAAAAAACAGCUUGCAAAACUUCCACCUACAAUUGCACCACCUACUGCCCAGGAACUUCUGCAUAAUGUUAUGUGGUUACAGGAUAACAGAAACCAGAUUGAAUUUAUUCAGAGAAAAGCAAAAAUUCUUUAUUAUGACUAUGGAGAUAUCAUAUGUGAUGAAGGCGAAUUACCCCAAGGAAUCCAUUUAAUUGUUUCAGGAAUGGUUAAGCUUUCUGGUUCUUCUGCUCCUCGUUAUGGAGUCGAUAAAGAGGUUACGAAAGAAGAUGUUAACAAAGAAGUCCAUGAACAUCCUGCUGUAACUUCCUAUACAGACUACUUGGUCACUGGUGCUAUAAUAGGAGAGCUCAACUGCCUAACUAAACAAGAAAUGGAAUAUGGGAUCUCUUGUGAAACUGCUGUGCAGGUUGAAGAAUUCUGCUUUUCACAUAUUUAUUGA